ACAUCUCUUAUCGUUAUCGCGGACACCCCCCAGCUUAGCUCCCCACGAAGCUCCGAGAUGACGGCAUCAACGGGACGCUUAACCUUCUCACGCUCAUGCUCGACAACUCGGUUUUCCGACCGGUCCACGGCACCACCGCCGACACAUUUUUUCCUUUCCCAUAGCGUUUCCGCCGAAAACAUCUGCCUCCUGCUUUCCCCCCCCCCCCCCCUCUCUCGUCCCCGGCGCCCGCCGUUGCGCGUCCGGCCAUGAUCCCCUUCCGCAUUUUCUUGCGGCCGCCAGCUCGCCCUCUCGUCGGCGUUCCCCCCCCCUCCACCCUCCCCCGACCCAGAGCGCGGAUACCCGCCCUCCCGACAACACGAAAUGCCGCGAAGCCUCGGUUCUUCUCUCUGACCGCUCGGCGACCCCUCCCGUCACCCACGGGCGGCUACGAUCCCCGCAACCCCGCGCAUCGCGAGGUCCUCCGCGAAUACCGUCUGCGCACCGCGCGGCCCCUCGUCACCGUGGAGAACCUCAAGCGCCUCGCCAGGUCGCGCUCCACGUACGUCGCGGUCGCCGUCCUCUGCCUCUGGUGCGCCGGCUACGUCUACUACAACUUCCAGACCGUGCCCGUCUCGGGCCGCCGGCGCUUCAACUGCUACUCGGAGGCGUCCAUCAACCGCCUCUCGGAUCAGCAGUUCAGGCGCGUCCUCUACGAGAUCGAGUCGCAGGGCGGCCGGUUCCUCCCGUCGUGGGACCCGCGGUCGCAGAUGGUGGCGCGCGUCAUGCGCCGCCUGAUACCCGUGUCGGGGCUCGACGGCCAGGAGUGGGAGGUCCGCGUCAUCGACGACCCGCACACGCUCAACGCCUUCGUGCUGCCCGGCGGCAAGGUCUUCGUGCACAGCGGAAUCCUCCGCACGGCACGCAACGAGGACGGGCUGGCCGCCGUGCUGGGCCACGAGAUCGCGCACAACCUCGCGCAGCACGUCGGCGAGCGCAUGAGCUCCUCCUUCCUGUCCCAGUUUUUUCUGGGGGGCCUCGUCGUGCUGUCGGGGUAUUUCCCGCCGGCAAUCAUACUCACGCAGUACCUGGCGUCGGGGCUGAUGGAUUUCCUCUUCACGCGGCCCAUGAGCCGGGUGCAGGAGAGCGAGGCCGAUUACAUCGGGAUGAUGCUCAUGGCGGAGGCAUGCUACGAUCCGCGCGAGGCCAUAGCGUUUUGGAGACGCAUGGACGCCGAGGCCAAGAGGGAGCAGACAGAGGUGCCCGAGAUCUUGAGCACACAUCCUUCCAACGAACACCGACUCGAGAAGUGCAAGGAAUGGAUGCCCAAAGCCAUGGAAAGGUGGGAGGCCAGCGACUGCAACGGGACGGCCAGCUUCGCCGACAUGUUUAGACGGGCGUUGGAACGGGGAUUUAUAAUUUCGCAAUUCUAGCCGGGUCUGGUAUGGGCACAAGAAGGCCGGCACGGCGUUGGCUACGGUAUUUCCGGUGCGCUGGCGGGUUGGGAGCCACGACACGGUAGACUUUUCUUUUUUGUUUUGCUUCUCCCCCCCCCCUCCCUCGGCAUAUUCCCCCGGGAUGUGUACAACUCGGCAUUGUUAACCAUGUCACCAACAUCUACAGCGCUUCUGUAACAAGAUACCUAUAGCAAUCUCUCACCUUCGUAAUCGGAUCGCGUGCCUACUCA